UUCAACAACUGUUAAAGUGUCGAUGUUGUGUAAAAGCAGAAAAUAAGUUAUUUUAAAAAAAUUACAAACAGUUGUAAAUGUUAACUGUUAUUAAUUAUUUAUUAUGUUUAUAGUUUGAUUAUUAUCUAACGUCUGUAUCAGUAAGGAAUUGUAAAGUGCAAAGGUUUAGAUAAAUAAUGGAAACGCCCAUUACUAUGAUCACCCAGGCCCCUCUUGUCCACAACAGCCAUCCAAGAAAGAAGCCAGGACGAACAACCAUUCAUGCUAUGUUAUCAGAAAGAUUGUCUUUAGGGGAAGCUGCUAAACUGGAAAUGAGAUCACUUCACACUAAGACACCUGUUUCUGUUUUACAAGAACUCCUUAGUCGUCGAGGCAUUACUCCCAAAUAUGAACUUGUUCAGAUUGAAGGGGCUAUUCAUGAACCUGUAUUUAGAUACAGGGUGUUUUUAAGUAAUGAAUUUGUGGCAACAGGAACUGGCAGAUCAAAAAAAGAAGCUAAACAUGCAGCAGCUAAAAAUCUUCUGGAACUGUUGGUGGGAAAUCAGACUCCUGAACAGGCUAAUUCUACCAAUGGGACCUCAGCAAAUACAUCAACAAUUGAUGUGACAAACCAGGUGGUAUCGCCUUACGAUGAUAAAGUAAUGGGAAAUCCGAUUGGAUGGUUACAGGAGAUGUGCAUGUCUCGGCGAUGGCCUCCACCAUCAUACGAAAUGAUUCAUGAAGAAGGUUUACCUCAUGAAAGACAAUUUACUAUUGCUUGUGAAGUCCUAAAACAUAGGGAAUUGGGAAUGGGAAAAUCGAAGAAAUUGGCUAAAAGAAUGGCUGCCCAUAAAAUGUGGCAAGCUCUGCAGGACAUGCCGAUGGAAGGAAGCAAUUUACCUCAAGGUUUUGAAGAUGAUGAGGAGUUAAGCGCCAAAGUACAAAACCGCUAUACCGCACUGAAAGAUAGUAAAAUUCAAACCCUCACGUCGACUCAUUCUUGUAAAGUCUCGCAGUUUCAUAAAAACUUGAAACAGUCUACAGGUGAAAAACUUAACGAACUCCAGAAUGUGAACCUGAAUAUAAAGGAUUUCAAUUUUGUCGAGUUCCUUCAAGAAAUAGCGGCAGAACAGGAGUUUGAAGUCACGUACGUGGACGUUGAAGAAAAGUCGAUAAGUGGCAAAUGUCAGUGUCUGGUACAACUAUCAACACUUCCUGUUGCGGUUUGUUAUGGUUCGGGAACGACAUCGAAAGACGCGCAGGCAAACGCAGCCCACAACGCUCUUGAAUACCUCAAGAUAAUGACCAAGAAAUAAGAAAAAAAAA